AUAGAGGAAAAGGGAGAGGUUUGUUUCAUCAGUUACCACUCAACAUAAAGCAUAUUUCCAGUUUACAUUGCACUGAGUUUGCAGGAAGGCAAUAAAGCUUUGGCCUUUUGGGAAUUCUGCAGUGCAAAACAAACCUAUGCUACUGUUGCUAUAUCAGGAGGAAACUUACAUUGUGAAUAGAUUUUCAUUUACAUUGUAAUGCUACUACUUCAAUAGUAAUUAAUUAGAAAUGCAAGUUUCAAUAUCAGUUUGUAAAAGAAAAGAUUGUAUGCUGUUCUGAAAUUCUGUAAGGAUUUCUUUAAAUAAUAUAAUGAGUUAGAGGUAAAACUUAACUCAUGCAAAUUCUUUUAGAAAGCAUAUUUAACAGAAUUUUUUUAAAAAUGUGUUUAUAGGUCAUUGUUUAUAAUGUAGCUGCAUCUGAAGAAAUAUAAAGUGGCAGUGUCAUGCUGACAAACAACAUAGGGCAUCAUUUAACGGUAUGUCAAGCAAUGAUUCCAAGAAACGUGAAGCUGUUUCCCUAUAUUUGUGGCAGCAGAAUGUUGUCGGGUUACAAACCUAAAAGCAACAUCAAGGAAUCUUACAAAAUUCUUGAGCUUGAGGAAGGAUGUUCCCUUGAUGAUAUCAGAAACUCCUAUCGAAGUCUUGCCAAAAAAUACCAUCCAGAUAGUGGUUCUGCCACAGCUGAUUCCGAAGCAUUUAUGAAAGUAGAAGAAGCGUACAGAGUUGUGCUCAGCGAUGUGACGACCAAAAAGAAAACAAGUGAGACUAAUGAAGAGGAGGAAGAUCAGUUCAAAUCAAAUGCACCACAGCAUAGACAUUACUUGAGUUAUGAAGGCGUAGGUUUUGGAACACCAAGCCAAAGAGAAAAGCAGUACAUGCAGUUUCGAGUAGACCGUGCUACUGAACAAGUGUUGGAGUACCGUAAGCAGAGACUUGAAAGCCAGUAUGCUGUGACUGACCUAAUGAAAGCCAAAGAUGUGAAACAGAGCAAAAAGGUGAAAAUAACUCAGGCAGUUGAACGGUUGGUUGAGGACCUCAUCCAGGAAUCGAUGGCAAAAGGAGACUUUGACAACCUCAGUGGCAAAGGAAAACCUUUGCAGAAAUUUUCAGACUGUCCCCAUAUCGACCCUAUGACUCACAACUUGAACAGGAUUCUGAUAGACAAUGGAUACCAGCCAGAGUGGAUCCUGAUGCAGAAGGAGAUACGGGAAACUAUUGAGAGGUUAAGGAAGAAUUUAGUGCAAGCUAGAAGUAACCUUGGAGGACAAAUGACGCCAUAUAGGCAAAAGCAAUGGAAUCGUGCUUGUGAGGAAUUUAUAGAAGAUAUCAGGAAAUUAAACAAAAGAAUUGACAGCUUCAAUUUAGUUGUUCCUCUUCUGAGCAGGCAAAUGGUGCAUUUCAGUGCAGACAAAGAGAUUGUUCGAGCACAAAAGAGUUAUGAAGUUUUGAUGGCAAACAGAGAGGCUUCUAAUUCAGACACAAAGGAAAACGAGGAGGACAAUAUUGAAAGGUUUGGGUGGAAGUCAUCUCUGCUUAAGUGGUUAAACCUUAAACUGAAAUAAGAAUACUAAUUCACCUGUCUUGUCGAGAUUUGAAUGCACUUUAUUAAUGAAACUUGUAGCCUUAGGGAAAUUACAGGUACACUAAUAAUGCAACAUUCAGCUGUCCACUGUUACACCAGUUACAAGGAUCUGGGUUGUCUAGUGUGAAUUUGCAGGUGCUCUAUUGAUUUAUUUGUAAAUAUUGUUAAGGAACAAGUAAAUUCAGUUAUCCUUGCAGCUCAUUUUACUUCUGCUUAAAUCAACAUUAAUGCUUUAGCAUACAGUAUAAUCACUUUUACAGUCUGUUACCUUUUCAAAAGAUGAAGCAUAACAAAACUAUUAUAAGGACAAAGUGGAAGUAAAAAGUCCCUGUUAGUUCAACCUUUAUUCUUGCUUAUUUAUAUGUUGACAGCUCAUAAAUUGUUGACAGGUUUCAUUAAUUUUUUUAAAAAGUAUGUUCAUGUCUUCAAGGUUAAAUUAAAUGGGAAUACAGGGAAGGUUCUGGAAGUCUGAACUUGGACUGUACAUUCUGCAGAAGUCCAUUUUUAUCACAGAAGGAGGUCUUGGAAAGCAUCUGAGCAAAUAAUGGCCAAACUAUACCACAGUUGCAGGGCUUUUUUUUGGAGGCGAGAGAAUUUUGAAAAAUUUCAACUUUUACCAUUUAAAUAUUUUAGAAUAUUGACAUCAAAGAACUUAUUGUGAAAUAUUGCAAUACUAUUAUUAAAGUUUCGGGGCAGUGUCUUAGGGAUGGGAAGAUCUCUAUGAUGCCAAAGGGUUAUUUAUCUUUAGUAAUCUCUUGGCUCCCCACACAAUCUGAUUUUCCUGGGAGACUUUGUGAAUGAAAAGGUGUCGGUGGAUAUGUUGGUAUCUGUGUGAGCCCCCUUCCUCACUUGUGCCUCUGUGACACAGACUGUCAUUGUCUCCACCUGUGCUGGAGUUGUGCUGUACCCUGCUAGUCUGUAGGAGGAUGUCCCAAAGGCUCUGGUAUCCCACGGGUGGGGAAUUUCCACUCUCAGUGUUUCAGAAAUUAAAGCUUGGUAAUGAUCACAGCCAUCCUUUGGCAGAUGCCCGGGUCAAUGCAUUUCCUUUUGGGCAGGUAACACUGCAUGUGCUGCUUUUGGUCUUUGUGCUCUUGCUCAACUAGAUGAGGUCUUGCAGGCACAACAAUAUUUAUAUUUGUUGGUAGAAUGGAUUAAUUGAAAUGUCAUUUGUUCCUCACUCGUUUUGGCAGCUGUGUGUAUGAAUGUCUGUUUAUUUCAAUGAUUUAUUUCUGCAGUCUUGCUUUUAAUGAAAUCUAUGGAUUAAACAUACUUUUAUGGAUGUUUUUUGACAUAGGACUUGUAAAAAAAAUCAGAUUUUGAAUCUCAUUGUGAUCUACUGGAUUUGAAUCUGAGUUGCUGCUUAGUGACAGAUAAAAAGAGGUAAUUGCAAAUCAAAUUCAUUGUACAAGAGUAAACAGAAACCAGACAGCAAUAAACCCAGCUUUGAUCGAAUCCACUUUGGCUCACAAUGGAGAUAAGUAUCAGCAGUUUAAGCAUUUCAGUUGUCAUGACAGAUGAUUCAGCAUAGGAAGUGAUUUUUAUGUUCCUUUUAAAGCUACUUGGUUUUAAACGGAGUAGAUGUGGCCUGACUUUCGGCACUUUAAAUCAGCCUUACACUGUUGAUCAUGAAAAUUUGCCAGGCACAGAAAUCCACUUCUUCAACUUUUACGGCAUUGAUAAUGGAAAAAAAAUAAAAUUUUAUUUUCCCCAGGUGUGUGGAGGAGUGUAUUUUUGCAGGGAUGGUCUAUUUUUAGUUGCUCUGAGCUCACAAAAUCUUAAGAGCAGCAUUUAGUCACUGCUUCUAGAACAAGUUAUGCAGAGUACUGCAUAUGAAUUAGAGGAACCCAGGAGAAAAUGGCCUUCAGAAGGAAUUUUUCUAUCUGACACUAGUCCGUUAAUUUAAAUUUAAUAACUGUUACCGUAUUACUGACCUCAAAAAGGAUGAAAUCAUUGCUGAUUCCAGAUACAAAUACAUGUUUGCUUAUUCCCAGAAGUCCCUAUGUGUUGGUCUAAUUACCAUGUUGUUUGAAAGUCUUAUCUCGAUGGCAUCUCAGUACAAAGGCAAAAUAUUAUUUAUAUUUAUUAGUAGGAAAUAUUUAUUGAGGUAGCAAUUUUUCUCAGAGUGAGGAGUCCAUUUCUUGCCCAACAGUCUGAUGGGUCUUCCAAGCCUUGUUACCAAGCUAUACAAUAAUACAUGUUAGCGCUUUCCAGUGAAAGGAAAAGAUGUACAUCUGCAGGCUCUCUGAAAUAAUGUCUCAGGCUGUCCUAUAAACUGAAGAGAUUCUGCAUGCGCUGUAAAAAUUGAGGCCUGCUGAAUACCUUCCUGUUCCAGAGUAAUAAUGGCGCUCGGGAUGCACAUGGCGUUACAGAAAAUGCUCUGAGGAAAAGGAAUAAAAGGCAUAGGAAGCAAGAGCAGAGCAUGCUGUAAGGGACAAAAUCUUUAUUCUUAGUAGGAAAAAUUGCCACGGUGGAGGAGAAGGGGAUGUGUGGUGUCUCUCUCAAAGUUCUUUCCCUGCCAGUUGUGUUCUCUGGGAUGUGGCAACCACAGUGUUUACCUUCCCACCGCUGAGAUCAUCUGUCAAGCAAACAAACGUGUACCUGCCUCAGUGGGGCUGGGAGGGGUGAUAAGGAAGGCCUGGAAAGCAGAGAGAAGAUUAGGAGGAACAAAAACGGCAUGUCAUCCUUCCAGGUGAGGGUGAGAAGGUGAUGGCCCGUGUAUUAACAGGGAUAGAGGUUGGAAAGUAGUUACAUUUGCAUUAAAAAAAAAAAAAAAAAAAAAUUGGCUAUAAGCCUUCUCAGUGAACAGCAAGGCAAGAGUUUUAUCACAAACUUUUUCUAUGUGGUAUGGUUCUGAGUAUCAUAAGUAAGCAACAACUGUUCCUAUUGAUACUCUGUGCAGUGGGUAGCCUCUUCUCUGGGCCAGGUAGAGUGAGAAAGGAGGACCUGCUUCAGAAGAAGCUGGAUCAGAUCCAGACCUGGUAGAACUGGUUUGCUGUAGAGUAGAAAGCACGGAAAACAUCUUCUAAACCCUGUACAAUUUAUGAGACUUUGAUGCAGAAAUGCGGAAUGGCCUAUCCAAGGAUGUCAUGGUCGUAUGAAAAGCUUGAGUACAACUUUUAAAUUUGAGUGAGAUUUCGUGGGGUCA